AUGCCGACUGGGCGAAUGUUGCGUUCGACGUCCGGUGCGAUGCCCACGAUCAACAUGUUCCAAUCUAUUACAAGCCAGAAUAUCAGAACAUUGCCCCACUCAUCACAGCAGAAGUCGAAGCAUGUGAAAGCCAAGUAUUCAGUGGUUGUGCAUGACGUUAACCAGAGCGUGAUCACCGUCGCAAAAAACAACCACCGUCAAGUCAAACCCAUCGACGUCCGUUAUUAUAUCGACCGUACACAAUUUAAGGCCAAGUCUGUCGGCGUCCAGUACCACAAAGAUGCAAUGAGCCAACUUUUUGAUAACCAAAUCUGA